UAUAGAUAAUACACUAAAUUGUUAUUAAACUCAUGUCUUCAUUAUGGAAAAUCUUGAAAUGCGUAUUAGUGUUAUAAUGGAACAAUGCCUAUGAUACGAAUACAUUUCAGUUUUACUGCAGUCUCUCCAGAUUUAAUGCUCUGCUCCUUUAUUUGUCUUUGCUAGAGGGGAUCUCCUGAUUCCCAAACAACACUAAUGGAGAACAGGACAGAAGUAGCGGAGUUCAUCCUCCUAGGCCUAACCAACGCCCCAGAACUUCAAGUCCCUCUCUUUGUAAUAUUCCUCCUCAUCUACCUUAUCAAUGUGGCUGGGAACCUGGGGAUGCUCUUCCUGAUUCUCUGGGACCUUCGCCUGCACACUCCCAUGUACUUUUUCCUGGGUAACCUGUCUCUGGUGGACAUCUGGUACUCCUCAGCUGUCACUCCCACAGUUGUAGCUGGGCUCUUGAUAGGAAACAAGGUCAUUUCCUACAGUGCCUGUGCUGCUCAGAUGUUCCUGUUUGCAGCCUUUGCCACUGCAGAAAAUUUCCUUUUGGCAGCCAUGGCCUACGACCGCUAUGCCGCAGUGUGCAAACCCCUGCACUACACCAGCACCAUGACGACAAGCGUGUGUGCCUGCCUGACCCUGGGCUGCUAUGUCGGUGGCUUCCUGAAUGCCUCCAUCCACACUGGGGACACCUUCAGUCUCUCCUUCUGUAACUCCAACUUGGUCCACCACUUUUUCUGUGAUGUUCCGGCAGUCAUGGUUCUCUCUUGCUCUGAUAGACAUGUCAGCGAGAUGGUUCUUGUUUAUGCAGCAAGCUUUGUUAUCUGCUCUGCUCUCUUUGUUAUCUUGGUAUCCUACACAUUCAUUUUUGUCACUCUCCUAAAUAUGCGCUCAGCUGCAGGGUACCAAAAGGCUCUGUCCACCUGUGUUUCUCACUUCAUUGCAGUCUCCAUCUUCUAUGGGACUCUCAUCUUCAUGUACCUGCAACCCAGCUCCAGUCACUCCAUGGACACAGACAAAAUCGUGUCUGUGUUCUACACCAUGGUGAUCCCCAUGCUGAACCCCGUGGUCUACAGCCUGAGGAACAAGGAGGUCAAGAGUGCUUUCAAAAAGGUGGUGGAGAAGGCAAAAUAUUUUCUAGGAAUGUGAGUUUAACAUUGUAGAGUCUAUAAUACCCUCGUUUUAUUCUUCUUUGAUUUUCUUCAAGCACUUGGUGACAUUUUAAGGACCACACUGAUGUGAAAUUUCGGAACUGCUGCCCUUUCCUGUUCAAAUGUUUGUUUUCUAGAAAAGGGAAACAAUGUCAGAAAGGUAAUGCCUGAAUGAGAACAUAUAAAAGGCAGUAUAAAAUGUAUGGAUUCUGCUUGUGAAAAUACUAGUUAAGGAGACAAUUUUUCACUCUUCCUACACACAUUUUCUAUGUCACAUGUUACUACUGACAUACGUGUAAAAACAAGAGUGAA